AUGUACCUGCUGACUAUUGUCGUCAUGGAAAUCCUGUUUAUUAAACAAGAAGUCGUAGUAGCUAGAGAGGUCAUCCACUUUCUUCACCGUUGCUCGCAACACGGAAUAAUUCCGGACCUGUUCGACGACGACGACGAUAAGACGAAAAUCCUGUUUGAGAAAUGUGGCAUCCAACAGCGGUCGACAGUUGCUGCCGAGCCGAAUUUGAGGAGUAUAAUGGAUGAGUCAAAAGUCAUUCGUGAUUCUAUUCCUCCUGGAACUGAAGUCAAACUGCAGGGAAAGUUCAACGGGUUUGUGGAUGAACUGUAA